AACUGCAGAACCAGUCGUACAAAUCUCUUAAAACCGCUAGAAACCGCAACCACCCGCAUCCGCAAACUCCCGCAACCGCAACCGCAACCGCAACCGCUGCGGUUGAACCAGUCAGGCCCUUAAUGAGUUAUAGCCUAUACUCUAUAGGUUACUAAAUAUAGAGGAAAUUGUUUCGCUAAAAUAUAUUUGAAUAUACAAUUUUACAACAACAAAAUUAAUAAUUUGUCAUAUUCUUGUUUUUUUUCUUGGUAUUUUAAUUGUUAAAAAGGAGGGAAGAGGAAUAAAAAGAAAAAAAAAGAACUGAACCGCUGCAUGCAAUCGCCGAGACCAAGAAACAUUCAACGUACGUCGAAUCGUCGCUCUGAAACCUAAAUCAUCUAAAUCCACCACCAAUGGCUAAGCGAUCCAUUUCAAUCCUCACCCGCCUCCUAACAAAUCCAUCUUCUCCAUUCACCGCACCCACCCGAUCCAUCACCUACAUGCCUCGUCCCGGCGACGGAGCCCCACGCACCGUAACCCUUAUCCCCGGCGACGGGAUCGGACCUUUAGUGACCGGUGCGGUGGAACAGGUCUUCGAAGCGAUGCACGCUCCAGUCCAUUUCGAGAGGUACGAGGUUCGUGGACACAUGAGGAAAGUCCCCGAGGAAGUGAUGGAAUCCGUGAAGAGGAACAAGGUUUGUCUGAAAGGCGGCUUAGCGACUCCUGUUGGUGGAGGUGUCAGCUCAUUGAACAUGCAGUUGAGGAAAGAGCUCGACAUCUUUGCUUCCCUCGUCAACUGCAUCAACGUCCCUGGGUUAGUGACGAGGCACGAGAACGUGGAUAUCGUUGUGAUUAGGGAGAACACGGAAGGAGAGUACGCGGGUCUCGAGCACGAGGUUGUUCCUGGUGUUGUUGAGAGUCUUAAGGUGAUAACUAAGUAUUGUUCUGAGAGGAUAGCGAGGUACGCAUUUGAGUAUGCGUACCUGAACAACAGGAAGAAAGUGACUGCUGUUCAUAAAGCCAACAUUAUGAAGCUAGCGGAUGGGCUCUUCCUUGAAUCUUGCAGAGAGGUUGCUAAAGCUUAUCCUGGGAUUACGUAUAACGAAAUAAUCGUAGACAAUUGUUGUAUGCAGCUUGUGGCUAAGCCUGAGCAGUUUGAUGUCAUGGUGACGCCUAAUUUGUAUGGUAAUCUUAUUGCAAACACUGCUGCUGGAAUAGCUGGUGGCACUGGAGUGAUGCCAGGAGGUUUGUCCAUACAUGUCUUAGUUAAAAGUUAUAUAACUUUUUCGUUGUUUUUUUUCUUUCUAGAAGAUGAUACAUGUUUGGGGUUUUUUUUGGCAGGCAAUGUUGGUGCAGAACAUGCGAUAUUCGAGCAAGGAGCAUCAGCAGGGAAUGUUGGGAAUGAUAAGAUAGUGGAGCAGAAGAAAGCUAAUCCAAUGGCUCUGCUUCUCUCAUCGGCUAUGAUGCUUAAACAUCUCCAGUUUCCUACGUUCGCUGAUCGUCUUGAAAUCGCAGUGAAACAAGUGAUACAAGAAGGCAAAUGGCGAACCAAGGAUCUCGGUGGAGAUUGCACUACUCAGGAAGUUGUUGAUGCUGUCAUAAAAGCUCUUGACUGAGCUUCUACUUGCUUUGGGCUUGGUGCUUCUCUGUUUUGCGUUUGCUAUUUGUUUUUUUCUCGAUUGUUUUUAUUCAUGCAUUUACUUCAUUGGACAAUGUUCGAUCUCUUGUUAAAGCACGAGCUUAUUAUAGUUAUAUAAUAAAUUCAAUAAAGAGAAGCCGUUUUGUUUACAAAGCAAGAUUUUGAGACAUUUUGCUAUGUUUUCUUGACGGUGAAAAUUGAUAAUGGCAUCAAAUAGUGAAGCAAGACCUUAACUUCGGAGAGUGGUAUGUGAGUGACAGUGGAGGGGUUCACCGUCAUAUUUAGUAAAGCUGGAGAGGAUAAAAAACGGGUCGGAGCUCUAGCAAAGCAACUUCACAGUGGAACUGGAAACUCGGCGGUGUUAAACCAAAG